AUGCGACUCGCAUCUUUUGAAUCUCGACUGCUGUCGAUAAAUAUACAAAGAGUUACCAUUGGGUGGGAUGUUUGGUAUGAUUUUAAGCCUAGCGAUGAGCCUUAUGACGUGACAGCGUGGGAGGCCAUAGGAAAUACAGAAGAGGACAGUACUGAUUUCAACCCCUCUUACUACUUGGAGAAAAGAAAGGAGGAACAGAUCAAGAAUACCGGCAAAUAUACCAAUGUAUCUCGAACAUUCACAACCUUGUUCUCACGAUUUGCCAGCAAAAACCCUUCAUUAUCAAGAACUAUCUCAUACUUUCAGGGCCUCUUUUCACAAUACCAGAGACAGGAUCUGAUUGUCCAAGUUAUGUUUCACGCUGGAGGGUCUGACUUCGCAACAUACAGGGGAUUACUAAGAGCUUCUUCGACAUUUUUAAUAGAACGCAGCAAGAGAAGAAACAUAUAUUUUAGACAAGGAAGCUCAAGGAAUCGAAAGAUAGUUAUACUAUCAUCUAGUCGACGUCACCUCAACAUAACGAAUGAAUUUUGUGUAAAUUACCCAUCUCCCUCUUACCAGGAAAGGCUCAUGGAGAAUAUCAGAGACUUUAUGACCCUAAACACUGACUUAGGAAUAACUUCACCAAUGUCAAUGGGCUGGGAGAAGCAUACCUAA